AUGGGCGGAAUCGCCGAUCGACUGGCCUAUGUGCCGCAACCUGUCCAGCUUUUGCUAGCUGGUAUUGGUGCUCUCUUCCUUACCUCCAAGGCUCUGAGCUAUGUCAAGUUCGUCCUUGGUGUCUUUUUGCUUAGUGGCACCAGCCUUCGCAAGUAUGGCAAGCCUGGCACCUGGGCCGUCGUGACCGGUGCAUCAGACGGUCUCGGCAAGGAGUUCGCCUACCAGCUCGCCAGUAAGGGCUUCAACCUCGUCCUCGUCUCCCGAACCCAGUCCAAGCUCGAGACCCUCGCCCACGAGCUCGAGGCCAAGUUCGAUGGCAAGAUCCAGGUUAAGAUCCUCGCCAUGGACUUCUCCCGCGACGACAACAACGAUUACGACAGACUCGCCCAGCUUGUCAACGGCCUCGACGUCGGUGUUCUCAUCAAUAACGUCGGCCAGAGCCACAGCAUUCCCGUCCCCUUCCUCGAGACCGCCCGCAGCGAGCUCCAGAACAUCGUCGCCAUCAACUGCCUCGGCACCUUGAAGACCACCCAGGUCGUCGCCCCCAUCAUGCAGCAGCGCAAGCGCGGUCUCAUUCUCACCAUGGGCUCCUUUGCCGGCUGGAUGCCUACCCCUUACUUGGCCACCUACUCUGGCAGCAAGGCCUUCCUACAGCACUGGAGCAGUUCUCUCGCGGCUGAGCUGAAGCCGCAAGGCAUCGACGUCGAGCUCGUUCUCAGCUACCUCAUUACCACCGCUAUGAGCAAGGUCCGCCGCUCAAGCGCCAUGAUCCCGACACCCAAGAACUUCGUCCGUGCCACUCUCAGCAAGAUUGGCUCUGGCAGCUACCAGAACUUCGCCUACACCUACACUCCUUGGUGGACGCACGCUCUUAUGCUGUGGGCUGUGGAGAGCACCAUUGGUGCCGCCCAUCACCUGGCCCUUUGGUUCAACCUGAAGAUGCACGUUGACAUUCGCAACCGUGCUCUUAGGAAGGCGGCUCGCGAGGCCAAGAAGCAUGCCGUGACGAUAUAUGGGCGAAACGAAGCGCCUAAAGAAGUUUCAUUUGGCUUGGGCUCAGGGUGUAGUGGCCAUUUGCAUGAGUUAUGUAGGGAUCACGGCUCGGGUCACGCUUCGAGUGGUGCAAACGUCAGGGUCAGCCUUGUGUCCCAAUGUGGCUUAGCGCGGCUCCAGGCGCGAAAAUUCCAAGCGUUUGGCGGCCCCAGCCUCUUGAGCUCCUCCAGAAAUUGUUUACUGAUGCGUUUUACUGCCCUCGCUCGAAUUACCUUCACCUUUCCACACCGAGCCAUCGAAGCUCCAAUUCUUUUCAUUCCCUUUCGCGACUCCAAACCGCCUUCACUGGCCGCCAGUUUGCGACGCAUGACGCCGAUGCGGCCGGUGCCAGGCGCCUUCCUCAACACGCCCGCAGCCUCCAGAUUCGCCAACGACAACGAGCCGGUUAGACGACGACUCUUUGCGGAGGGCGAAGCACCUUCAAGCAACAGUGGCGCGCUGGUGGCAGGAUCAAAUUUGGCACCCGCUACGGUUGCAUCAACCAGCACAAGUGGAGGAUUGGUGUCGACCUCAUCUGCUCCGGCUCCCCAGCAAAACCUCCCGCCCGUCACGAGAGCAGCUCAAGCGGUCAACCAGUUCCUCCAGUCCGACGAGAACUACCCCGAGCUCGAUUCCUACUGCAGGCCAGGAGCAUCGUCAGACUAUGACUUCAACACGCUCGACUCGCCCUGGGCGCCGUUCCACAAGACCCAGAUGUACCCGAUCCCGAACCAGGUUUUCAGCCACUACAAUACCGGCCAGCUCCAGACGUUGAUGGGCUUGUUCGCCGAGAUCAACCAUGCCUGGGUGGUCAUCGACAACUCACUAUUCCUAUGGGACUACACCCACCCAGAUCCCGAACUUAUUGGUUUCGAGGACCAACCGCACACGAUUCACGCCGUUGCUCUCGUUGCACCCAAGCCUGGCAUUUUUGUCAACACCAUUACGCACAUUCUAGUUGUUGCGACGUCGUCUGAGAUGAUUCUCCUCGGUCUUUCUGCUGAAACCACGCCAUCGGGGACCAAGACCGUUUCGCUUUAUAGCACCAAGCUUAACCUCCCUCUCCGAGGCACCGAUGUCAGAGUUAUCGCUGGCACUGCGGACGGCCGCAUCUUCUUUGGAGGCAGUAACGACACCGAUAUCCACGAGCUUUACUACCAGCAGGAGGAGAAGUGGUUUUCAAACAGAUGCGGCAAGAUCAACCACACCAACCCAGGCUGGUCUUCAGUCGUCACUCUCCAGAGUGGAUUCUGGGCACAAAAGUCUCCGGAAGGCCUUCAGAGCAUUGUGAUUGACGAUUCCCGUAAGCUCGUCUACACACUUUCGACAAGAUCCACCAUUCGUACAUACCACAUGGACGGGCCUAACAAGCUCACCAAGGUCAUCGAAAAGGAGCGCAACGCCUGUCUACGCGACAUCACCCACAUGAUUACUCAGUCCCCUCUCCUCAACGACCGAACUGCCUUUGUUGCCAUCAGCGCCAUUCCAUCACGAGAGGCGUCGAAGCUGCACCUUAUGGCUCUUACCAAUACUGGCUGCCGUCUGUUCCUUAGCGCGACGAGCUCUGCUUCGUACAUGAUUGGUGGCGUCUCUUCAAACACGCCCCCUCAGAGCAUGCAGGUCCAGUUCAUCAAGUUCCCCCCGUCGGACAAGCCUGGACGAUCCGGCACUAACAGCGCUGGUGAUGCGGUUAUCGAUCUUGGCUCAAAGGCCCUGGAGUUAAGUAGGCUUGGAGCUCGAUUCGCGCCAGGAUACUUUUUGGAUUUCGUCGUUAAGGACAACGAUCCGAACAUCGAUCUCCUCUUCGUUUCUGCUCCCGAGACUGGCCGAAUCAAGGCCAACUCGUCUUCAGCUGCGCUCAAGUACUACGAGCACGGAAACUGGAUCGAUAUUGGAAGCAGAGCCGAAGAUGUCGGUUUGGUGACCAAGCCGUUUGCCGCAGCAAACCAACCCGUUGGCUUUGGAAACGAGCUUGCGGUUCAGUUCGAUCAGCCGGCCACCGAGUUUGCCGUGCUGACCAAUACUGGUGUUCACAUCAUCCGCCGCCGCCGGUUGGUAGAUACUUUCGCUGCUGCCAUCCGUGGUGCAGUGGGAGACGAAGGUCUGGAGCUGGAGACCCGGAAGUUCAUUUCUCGGUAUGGCCGCGUGGAAACCAUCUCCUGCGCUCUUGCUGUAGCUUGCGGUCAUGGCGGUGAUGCUAGGCCCGGCGCAACGCGCGCAAUCGAUCAGGCCACAGAAGACCGCGCAAGGACUGUAUUCGUCGACUACGGUGGCCAGCCCUCAAUCACGGAGGCCGAUGGUACCCCUCUCAACACAACCUCCGUUCGCCUGUCCCCGAGGCACGAUGCUCUCAGUGUUUAUCUCACCCGCCUCAUUCGCACAUUGUGGAAGAACCACGUGGUCGCUCUUGCUGCCAGCCCUACCGGCGGCGUUGCGAUUCAAUCCAUGGUACCCAUCGCAAAGCUUCACUCCACUCAGGAGCAGCUGGAGCGUCUCCGGAGAUUCCUUGAUGCAAACAAGAGUUUUAUUCAGGGCCUGUCAGGUCCUUCCGAUCUUCAAAGAGUGGCCAGCAAGCAAGAGGAAGUCGCCCUCCAGGCAGAGCACCAAGCCCUGCAUGCACUUCAGAAACUGAUGGAGAGCAUCUCCGAGGGCAUCUCGUUCGUCUUGAUGCUCUUUGACGAGCGUGUCAGUGACAUCUUCACGAGACUGGAUGCGACGGCGCAGCAAGGACUGAAAAAUCUCACAUACGAGAGCCUAUUCUCACAGUCUUCAGGCAAGGAUCUUGCCAAGCUGUUGGUCAAGUCCAUCGUCAAUCGCAACAUUGAGAGCGGUUCCAACGUCGAGACUGUCGCGGAUGCUCUUCGGAGACGCUGUGGCAGUUUCUGCAGCCCCGAUGAUGUUGUCAUCUUCAAGGCUCAGGAGCAGUUGAAGAGAGCGUCUGAGCAGCCGUCCAACAGCAACCAGUCUCGCGCGCUUCUGCAUGAGAGUUUGAGGCUCUUUGAGCGCGUCGCCGGUGCUCUUUCAUUUGCCAACCUACAUAACGCCGUCUCGCAGUACAUCGACCUGAAGUACUACGCCGGUGCAAUCCAGCUCUGCCUCACUGUUGCCCGUGAGAAGGAUAGAGGCAACACCGCUCUGUCAUGGGUCCAUGAUGGCAAGCCCGCUAACGACCCUCGGGCUAACGCCUUCUCGGAGCGUAGGAAAUGCUACGAACUAAUUCACGAGGCUCUUCAACACCUGGAUGCCGCGUCAAGCAGGGAACCGGAGACGAUCGACGGUAGACUGACUUUGAUGGGCACUAAACGCCUCGAGGCCUAUAGCGUAGUGAACGACUCGGACGACGAGGUCUUCCACUUCGACCUUUACGAGUGGUACAUCGAGCAGGGGUGGACUGACAGAAUUCUUGCUAUCGAAUCACCACACGUCAUCACAUACCUCCAGAGUCUGGCGAGGAGCAACGUGAACCAUGCCGACCUUCUCUGCAGGUUCUAUACCCAACGCGAGCGGUACUUUGAGGCUGCUCAGGUCCAGAAUGAUCUUGCCCAAUCAGACUUCGCCAUUGGUAUCAAGGACAGGAUUGUCCUUCUCAGCAAGGCCAAGGCGAAUGCCAGCGUUGCUACGGCAGGUGUUGGCAGGCAACAACAGCAGGUUCUGGCCCACGAAGUCAGUGAGCUUCUCGACAUUGCCAACAUCCAGGAUGACUUGUUGGAGAGGCUCAAGGCCGACAGCCGCGUUGACCCUGAUCGCAAGGCUCAAAUUGAGGAAGCGUUGGAUGGUCAGGUGAUAAGCUUGUCAGACCUGUUCAACCAAUAUGCCGACCAAGCGAAUUACUAUGAUCUGUGCCUCCUCAUCUACCACAGCGCCGAUUACCGCAACCCCAGCACAAUCUCCCAAACAUGGGUCAGCCUCAUCGAGCAGAUCCACGAGGAGGCUGUAGAGCGAAUGGAGGAAGCUGGUCCCGGCAUCCCUGUUCUGCCCUCACCCUACGAAUCUGUGUCAGUCAAGGUACAGAACAUCGCCCACCGUACUUCUCUGGAUAGCUUCAUCUUCCCGGUGCCCGUCCUGCUUCCCGAGAUUUGUCGGUAUGCCGUUGAAUACCACCAAGAUGCUGAGAUCGGUGCGGACCCCACCUGGCCUGUGCAGCUCUUCCUCAGCCUCGGUGUAUCCAAUGACAUGGUCACUCGCGUUCUCGAGAGCGUUUUUGAUACCCAAGACUAUGGCUUCAGUGGUAACAACCGCAACCGCAUCAUUGAGCUCAUUGUUUUCUCUGUUGAUGUUUGGCAACGCGAGGUCAAGCGUCGUGGAGCUGCCUCGAUGAAGGGCGAUGGUGCCCUUGGUGCGUGGGUUAAGGACCUGCUCAGCAGAUGCGAGGCAUCACUGCCCCCUGCUGGCCACGGGUCGAACCCGGGUGGCAUGGACUUGUCAGAAGUGCGGAGACGUCUGCGGACGGUGAAGAGAGAUGUUGAUGGCCUUGUUGAGAGAGGUCCCUCUGGAAGCUUGCGCUUCCUAGUGAGCCACGGAAAGUGUACAAAGAAGAUGCGAAAAGAAACCUUGUAUUUGACGCGGACGGGGUUUUGGGCCGGGGCGCGGCUGGUUAGGCGGUCACUUGAGAGGCCGGACUUUGACUAUGGCUUAGCUAUGAUAAUGUGUGUCCCUCGCCGCUCGCCCUCACACGCACGUUUCAUCAUCGAGUUCAUUGUAUGUGUUGGUCGUCAACUCAAUGAGGUCCUGCUGACUUAUAUCUCCGAGUUUUCAGGCUAUAUCAGCAGGCAGGUUUCCUUCCAGUUCGAACGAUCAGAGGUCAACCCAAACCGUCCUGGCUUUUUAUCACUCUUACGUGCCUGGGUACCCCAAGCAUUUACACGUCUUUCUAACACCAGGAAUCUUGGCGACUUACUUUGUCCUUACUCAAAUACCAGCGUAAUAAUGACAGCCACCACCGCCCCCCAGUCCGCAGGCCCCAUGGCACCCAUCUUCCGCUCCAUGGACAAGACCAUUGGCGCGCACUGGGAAGAAACCAUGAUUGAGAUGAGCCGGACGAUGAUGGUGCCCCUCAAUUCGCGGCUUAUGAAGCAGAUGGGGUUGGGCCAGCACACGACGGAGCCCAUUGUAUUUCUCGACAGCGCUUGUGGGGCUGGUCCGGCUACGCAGGAGUUGGUCAAGGUUGUGUCCCGAGAGGUGUUGGACAAGAGCGAGGUCAUUUGUGCGGAUGGGUCGCCUAUGAUGGUUGGGUUAGUGGAGAGGAGGAUUCGGGAGGAGGGGUGGGUUGGGGCGAGUGCGAGGGUUUUGGAUGCCAUGGACUCUGGGUUAGCUGAGAACUCGUUGACGCACGUAGUCAUCGGCCUCGGUCUACAUCUCAUCCCCCACCCAGACAAAACCAUCAAAGACGUCGUCAGGAUCCUCAGGCCCGAUGGGGUCUUCGGCUGUAUCACACCGCAUGUCGACCAUAUAGGCUGGGUCGCGGACGUGAGGUCAGCAUUCGCAUCCUUCCCGUUUGACGCGCCGUUCGAGGAGAAGAACCGUGCGCAGGUUCACGAUGUCGGGCGGUGGUACGACGAGGCUUGGGUCAAGGGGUAUCUACAGGACAAUGGGUUCAAGGACGUCAAGACGUGUUUGGAGAGCGGGACGGUGAGGGUGAGGGACGCGAGGCACUGGUUGGAUGUGUUUGGGCCAGUUGUUGCAUUGAUUGUGAACACGGAGUGGAGUGAGGAGUUGAGGGGGGAGCAUGGAUUGGAGGAGGUGAAGGGGUUGAUUAGGGAGCAUUUGGAAGGGAAGUAUGAGGGGAAGGGGUGGGAUGUUGGGUUUGCCUGCAUUGUUGCUUCUGGGACUGUUGCGAAGUUUCAAGGCAAGAUGUUGACAGAAGCAAAUUGGGAGACGAUUUGGAGGAGGAAACGAGUAUCCAAAGCUGAGCUAAACUGUCUACUUGAAGGUAGUCGUGUCUCAGACGAAGCCAUGACGAAAACAGUUCCGCGUGCGCGGGGUCUCUCGACUAACAUUGUGGCGCUUCCGCCCGCUGGCUCACGAGUUGAGUCGGAAUUCACUAAGAUGCCUCCCUUGGCAAGCGUCUCUGGCGCCGCAAGCGACUCGGAGAAGCAGAAGUACAAAAGUCCUGAUACUUCUUGA